AUGGUACCACAUUGUCAUGUGCAUAUAAUUCCACGUAAAGUAGGAGAUUUUGUAGAAAAUGAUGAAAUUUACAAAGAAAUUAAUAAAUCUACCAGAGUGGAUAAUGAAGAAAGAGCACCUAGAAGUUUAGAAGAAAUGGCUAAAGAGGCAGCACACUUAAGACAAUUUUUUUAA